UGCUGCUUCUACAUGUACUACCAUCCAACGUCCAUGCCGCCUACCAUUACAUCUUCUCUACUCACACAGGGCCACACUUCGAUCAUUUUUGCGGCUGUGAUGAUCAUGUCAUUCGCGUGAGAUUGACUUGCGACCAUCGCUCGCUUCAUCAAUUUGAGGGCCGUCGACGCAAAUCCCUCGUCCUCUUGAUAGCCGGCCGAUACGCGACGAUCAACUUCAUCUCAGACGCGCUCGCAAGUCUGACAAAAUGACUUCUGUUUCAUCCUCGUCGACAAUGACGAGCUCGGCGACAGGCUCGCCGUCGCCAUCGUCCGAUCCUGGGACAAACCCCGGCACUCCAAACAAUUCACCGCUACUAUUCUUCGUUGCACUUGGAUUUGGUGUGGUCUUCACGAACUUAUGGAUUAUUGUGGGCGUGAAAUACUGCUUCAGAUACAAUCAGCGUAAUCGAUUACGAAACGCUGGCGCUGGUGAAGCAGAGAUCGACCUAGCCACGAUGGGUACCCGCCCACGCCGGCGAAGGGAAAAGAAGUUGAUGUCCAUGGAGGAGGUGAACGAGAGAUUUCCUUUGACCAAAUACAAGAUGUGGCGGGUUACUCGCGAAGCACAAGGUUUGCCCACCGCUGGGGGCGUCAACGCGAAUGAGGUAGCAGAUGCGAAGGCGGAGGCGGCGACAAUUGAUACUUCACGAGACCCAAAAACUUCUUCGGAGACUGCACGUCCACCGACCGCAUUGAGCGCCCCACAACAAGACCAGACACACGUUGUCCGAUCUCCAUCUCCAAUUGGGGAAGACGUCGCCACAGCCGGGCAAGACAAAAAGCAGGAGCGCACAAUCAUCGUGCGGACCGAAACUGCCGACACCGUCCUCACACCGGCUGCCGAGCACUACCAGCCGAUUCCAGCGGCGGAAACUCACGAAGACGAAGACGAUGAUGACCCAAUUCGUACUGCCGCACCACCGGAGAUGCUCAGCGCCCCGGGUGAUUCAUGCGCGAUUUGCCUUGAUAAUCUUGACGAUGAAGACGAUGUUCGUGGACUUACUUGCGGCCACGCCUUCCAUGCCGCUUGCGUCGAUCCAUGGCUUACCGGCCGUCGUGCCUGCUGCCCUCUAUGUAAAGCCGACUACUACGUACCCAAACCACGCCCCGAAGGUGCCGAACCCGGCGCACCCGGCAUGCCACAGCCUCCGCAAUCUAUCUGGCUAGAGAGCCGAGGGCCGUUCUCGCGUCCCCGAAUGCUACUUCAGGGCCCUCACUUCUUCAGACAUCGCGCACCCGAAAAUGCUAACGAGGGACAAGCUCAGGCUCGUCCACCGGCCGCCAAUGAUGCGUCAGACAACAACAACAACAACAACAACGUUGUCAGACAGCAAAACGACGAUUCGACCUCACGUGCGCAGGGCUGGAUUCCUUCAAUCCCACGCAUCGGUCGUUUCAACAGGCCUCGCAACGAAGCUCCCGCUGCUGCAGGAACAAAUCCUGUCACACCUCAGCAGCUUGAAGCCGGAACUCGGUGAUGAUGCCCCUGUUAAUUCUCUUGUACCAUUUGUUUAUUUUCCGGUCGCCCUUCUAAUCGUCGGGUGGCGCCAUCACAUCUCUUCAAUCUUCCGUUUCACGAUUGGCAAAUCAUGAUGUAUUUACGACGCAACGGCAAUGGGUCAGCUUGCAUUUUUUUGGGUGGGCAUUCGGCGUACAGGGCUAGGGCGGCAAUUUGCAGGUACUUUUAACUGGGAAAUUCUGAAUUUCAAUUACUCACUCCUUGGUUUUCGCUUGUCUCUGAUUCUGCGCUGUUUUGUCCUCUCG